AUUUCAUAAAAACGCCAUUUUUCUUUUGAUUGUUGAACUAUAAAGUAGAUUCACUUAACAUUCCAACUACAGUUAUCGCUAUUGCGCUAAUCGAGAAAAAUCAUAUUUUUUUUUGAAAAUUCGAAAAGGAUAUACUAAAUAAAUUUCAAUAUGUCAAUCCACGUAAAAGAUGCUAACGAUUUUACCGAACAACUUAAAAAUGCAGGUGAUAAACUAGUAGUUGUAGAUUUCUUUGCAACAUGGUGUGGGCCGUGUAAAAUCAUUGCCCCUGUUCUUGAAGAAUUAGCUACAAGUUUUGCUGGCAAGGCCGUUGUAUUAAAAGUUGAUGUUGAUGAAUGUGAAGAAGUUGCUGCUGAUAAUCAAAUUUCCAGCAUGCCAACAUUUGUGUUCUUCAAAGAUUCAAAAGAAAUUGAUAGAUUUUCUGGUGCUAAUGCUGAAAAUCUUAAACAGCAUUUCGAAAAACACACAGCAUAAUUUUUAAACAAUAUCGCACGUAAAUAACCAUUUUUUUUUUUUUUUGUUAACUGUGUCGCUUUUAAAGUGAAUAAGGAAAAAGAAUCCUAAAGUAAAGUUAAAAAAAAUAUUUUAGUUUAUAAAUUUUUUUAAAGAUUAUUUUGCUGAUUAUAGAGUAAAAAGUUAAAUGUUUAAAGCUAAAUAUUAAUAAAAAAAAGAGAAUAUUUCUAUUCCUCGAAAAUAA